AGGGAGCUUGCUCGCUGACAGCUGGUCAGGUGAUACUCCUUCGCCCGGCCGGCUUCAUCGCAAGAGCGGCACAAGUGGGAGCGCGAAGAGCGCACUCCAUCCUUCAGAUGGAGCCGUGCCUCACGGAGGCCGGUGGCAUCAUGAAAUCUUAUCGCUUUGCAGGCAGGCUCGUGGCUGACAUGGCGGAGCCCGUGCUCCUCCUUGACCCCGCGCUGGAAGGCUGCCCGAUCAUGGGCGCCAGUGCAGGAUUCUGCACUGCCACGGGGCGCUCCGUGGAGGAGCUCCUGGGCAGCAGUCUGGACAGCCUGUCGCAAGGCGUGCCGGUAGCCUGGCUGUCCCAUUCCUCCAGCUGCAACCAGCAGAGCUUCUUCAGGGAGUGCGCGAACCCCGACCUCGCUGGGAUCGCGGAGACCGUUGUGAUACAGCCGCAGGCCCGGCAUGACGGCUCCGUUUUCACAGGCUUCACCAUUCGCCAUCCACGGGCUCUGCGUGGUCCCCUCGUUUGCAGGGCUCCGCAAGUACGUCGUCAGUGCCGUCCUCCCCCUCGGGGAGGGCUGCCAGCAGCGCCUGGGGCGGGCCGUGCACGCGCAGCUGGAGGAGCGGGGGCGCGGCAUCCUGGAGAAGGCCAGGGCCCUGGUGAGCACCCUGCGCAGCCCAGACUGGUGCGGCGAGGGGAAGCUCGACCUCAAGUAUCUUGAGCAGCCCAUCUUCAGCUUCUACACGAGGAGGCUCGAGGGGCACGCCGUCGUCACAGGUGGCGGCCGAACCGCAGUCCGCAGGGAGUGCGGGGAGCUGCCCACGGGGUGUCUGAUGUUUGGCGAUCGGCCUGCACGGAAGACUGCGCAGGGCCUCGCCUUCCGGGUGCGCGUCGAGUCCACCACGAGCAAGUUCUCAGGGCUGCCUUUCGUCGGCUUCACAACGAGGAGGCCCUGCGGCCAGUCCGGCGGACUCCCCCUGCUGUCGAAGUGCCUCGCGGAGAGCGUGGUCGUCGGUGGGUGCGGCGAGGCGUUCGCCCGAGACAAGAGCACGCACUACGUCAUGGGGUUCAAGCCGCCCCCCACCACCGAGAUACAGUCUUGGUCGCUGCAGCCGGACGUGCCUCCCCACCGGCGCGAGCCGCCGGCGGUUGUGCACGCUGGCGACCUGAUCGAUUGCAUGUACACAUGGGACGGGCGCCUCCAGUUCCUCAUCAACGACACCACUGUGAUGGACUUUGACACCGGGCGGCCGCUGGCCGAGGACGCCCACUACUACGCGGUGGUGGACGUCUGCUUCUCGACGGCCAGCCUCACGCUGAUGCCGAGCUCGAAGCCCUCGGCAUUCCGGGCCACUGAGUUUAGCAGCGUGAGCACCAUCGCGCCCUGCGACCUGAACUCCACCAGCGCUGGCGGCCAUACGGCCUCUGGCUCCACGUGCCUUGAGCGCCAGUCCACUGGCUCUAGCAGCUCCAGCGGCCGCUCGGAGGACCUCGGAGCGCAGCUCUUCGACGAGGACGACCCUGGCAGGAGGUGCUUGCCCCUGGCGGAGACGAUCCUGCGGCGGGCUUUGUACGUUGGCAUGUUCGGGAUCGAGCUUCCGUCCGCCAGGCAUGAGUCCCUCGGGACUUCGGAGACGAGUCGGCAAUUGCCUUGUGCAAGUGAUGCGGGCCUGAGGCGCAGUUCGCCCCAGACCCAGGGCUCUCGUUGAGCCUGGGGGCAUGCUUGUUUUUCUCUCGUUCCUCCUCCACCUCGUCCUUGAGACCCCUUCUCUUUUCCAUCCGCUCCUCUCCAUUCCUCCUCACGUCUCAUCCCUGUUUCAGCAUUUCGCAUUGCCAGCGUGCGAUCUGUCAAUGGAUGCAAGGGUCGCCUCGGUGCGAGCAUGAGGCGCCCGGAUCUACUGAUCCUGUUCCACUGCGCCAGUCACAUGCAUUCGUGUUGGAAGCGACAGUAGGUUACCAGUAGGUAAAUUUUCUGGCAGGGGUCAGACCUGCUCGUAUUUUCAUGCAGGGACUUUGCGAGGACUAUGAUUCCAGCGAUCAUGUCUGCGAGUGACAGAAAAGCCUGCGCAGCGCAUUCUUCGACCCAGAUGUACACUGGAGUCUAUUUUCGAAUUCCCUGUUGUACGCGAUGUAUUCUUGAUUUUCAGAGCAUCUCUCCGCGAAGCUCGGAGGCAUGGAUCAUAUCGCUGCCAGGGUUAGUAACCGACGUCUGCGUGCCACACUUCCAUUGCGCCUACGGAAUCGUGGCCGUGGCGGCCCAGGGCUACGAAAUCGCAGUCCCGCUUGGCAGCCCUAAGAUGCCCUCCUCCCCCGUCGCCUCACCGUCCGUUCCCCCUUCGGCGCUCGUGUCCUCGUCGUCGUCGUCGUCGUCCUCCGACUCACGUGGCGAGCAGUCCCGGUUGUCACUGUCCCUUGUACCUCGCGCCCCUACCUGAAUCUUCUCGCGCACCUUCUUUUAUCGGGGGCGGCCAAGAGGGGGGGGGCCCCCCUCUCGGCAGCUCCCGACUACCUGAAUCUUCUCGCGCACCUUCUUUUAGCGCGGUCUCAUCCUCGGAGUGGGUAGCCACAGCAGCGUCGCCUGCUCAUCCGAGCUGGAGUAUGGUGCUUCGCUCAAGGGAGCCGUCAGAUGCACCCGCCUUCCCUAGAUCCUUCUUCCAAUUCGAGUGCACAUCAAUUUGUUGUCUGGAUCCAUCGUCUGCCAUCGAGUAAUGUCAAUACUGGUGCGAGCCAGGCCCGAACAGCGAGUCACGCCCGCCGCUCAGUCUUGUACAGUCGCGCGAUUGAGCGCUCUCUCUGAUGCCCUAGAAUUCGUAGCUCCUCCUAGCAUUGACGUGCUGCGGUGUAGGAGAACACCGUAGUCUCUUGCGGCCAAUCGUAUCGCGUGGGCACGUAGCUCGACGCCAACCGUGGCCAGCCAGUACGCCAAUAUAGGGAGACUCCUGGCGCUGUACCCGCCUUGGUCAAGAAGUAGUGGAGCGAGAGUUGUGGAAACCAGAUGUGUGGAACAUGACAGGCAGACCUUUAACCACGUCUCGUGUCGCAGCAUGCUUUGAGGAGCCCGCUCAAUAGACCAGAGUCACCCGUGAUCCCCGUCUUUCUUGUUACGAGUCGCAG